AUGUGGUCACAAUUUUGCUUGCGAGGAAAUUACGAGUGUAAAGAUAUUUUACCUGCACUGAUCUCCAAGUACAACAAUACCAAACAUCGAUCAAUCGGUAUGAAGCAAAAAUAUGUCGCUGCCGAGAAUGGCUUGGAGCGUAUGCAGAGCUUCAAAAAACUAUGGAAUAUACUAAAGAAGAGACUAAAGUUUAAAGUGGAUUUUAGAGUUCGAGUGAACAAGCACAAACAGGUCUUCGAGAAAGGAUAUACACUCAAUUGUAUGACUGAGACAUGCACUAUUGAUCAGAUUAUGUUGAUGAAUGCAGUGACGUACACGCUCAAGGACUAUAAAGAUCAACCCAUUGCUAGUAGAUUCUAUGAACAAGAACUUCUCAGAGUAACAACAUCCUGA